ACAGAGGAGCUUGGACUGAGCAUUGAAAAUAUGGACUUCGAGAUGCUGGGAACAUGUAAAAAGCUUAUUGCAAACAGAGCAGCUGAAAUUCUUAGCCAUAAGCGGGGCGAAAAGCAUGUGCACCCAAACGACCAUGUGAACAGAUCACAAUCUUCAAAUGACACAUUUCCUACUGUGAUGCAUAUUGCUGCUGCUAUGGAGAUAAAUAAAAGAUUAGUACCAAACUUAAAACAGUUGCAUACUUCACUACACUCGAAGCGGCUCUUCCCCAUAGCAGAAAAUGAUUAAGGCAGAAGCUGUUCUUACUGAUUGCAUCUUCACUUGAGCAACUUGCACAAGGAGGCACAGCAGUUGGAACAGGAUUGAACACAAAAAAGGGGAAAUAUAUCAAGAAAUAUUACGGGAAAAAUCACAGUCUCAGUCUGAUAUUGAUCAAUGUGAAGCAUAUUACGAAGCUGCUGGGGGAACAAGGAAGAGAAGAAUAUAUGGUCUUGGAUCUCAAGCACAAAGUUAUCUGCUUUUUGUUGGAAAGAACAAAAUUAUGCACUAACAAUACUUGAUGGAUGUGUGGGUUCUUUUGGUAGUUGAUAGCUUGGUGUUGUCGGUGUUUUGGACUUAACGAUUAGGAUUUCGCUAUCUAUUUUGAAUCUUUUUUAUAAAUAUUAUUUUAUGUGAA